AUGAGUGAUCCUCCUACUUAUGAUCAGCACUUGCUGGAACGCCUCAACGCCCUCAGAAAAUCCAGUGUGGAGCUUGAGCCUUCAAAAUACAAACCCAUCUCACCAAAAGUCGCAACCCCGGAAUCAGAUCUCUCGGCUCGUUUGAAGAGUCUACGAAAUGGCACCUUAUCCUCGUCACCGUCGCCAUCAUGUCCCUCAACGACAAUGUCCAUCAAAGCUACAGGGAAAGCUCCAGAAACGCUGUUCCCAGCUACACCAGCUGAAGACCCAGACCCACUCCGGGAUCCGUUUGACACAGAUGACAAGACUCUUGAUGAGCUUCUCGCCGACUUGGGACCCGAGGAUCAGUGGAUGCUGAAUCCAGAUGAUCCUAACGACAUCCAAAAGCUGCUCGAUGAAGCCAAGAACGCCUUACCCCGUGAUGGAGAAGCCCAUGCUGAAGAAGCCCAGCCCAAGGAUCCCGAAGAGGUACAAGCGCGACCUGACGGCAGCUAUCUGACGCGCGAUCUGGAUAUGUCUUCUUUCGCUCUCGACGAUGACGGAGUAGCUGACAAGAAGGGGGCAGCGCCGGGCAAGCAGCACAGAGAUCUCGAACAGGAGUCACGUGAAGCCCAAGAUAUCGUUGCCAGGAUGCUGGACGAAGUCAAUCUGGAGAGGGCCAACGAGCCUAAUGACGAACACAGGAAUCCCCUUUCAGAUAAUUCACGAGAUGAGGACCGCGAGGGAGAUGAGGGAGAUGAGGGAGAUGAAGAAGGCAGAAGCUGCCUCGCGCUCCCCUCCGCACCAUCCACCCUCCCCGAACCCAUCAUCUCCUCCACCUCCUCCCGGACCAGGAAAUCCCUAGAUUUCGAAUCCGACAUCGCCGCUCGGAUGGCCGCUUUGCAAGGUCUGUCUGCUAACUCCUUGGGAAUGCCGUCGGCGCCCACGUUUAAACCUAUCGAUAAGCCUGUCAAGGGGGUGAUGAAGAAGCAGUUCACGGAUGAGGAGGUGGAUAGUUGGUGUAUCAUCUGCCAGGACGACGCAACGGUGAAAUGUGCGGGCUGUGAUGGGGAUCUGUACUGCGCGAACUGUUGGAAGGAAGGACACAUGGGACCCGAUGUAGGACUGGAGGAGAAGAGGCAUAAGUGGAUGAAGUACAGGAAGCCGAAUUAA